ACUCUACUCGUCCUUCUUCAAAAUGGAGGAAGCUUCCAGUAUAUCACUGCAAGAGUAACAUGGUAGAGUGCUAAUCACAGAAAUUUCUAUACAAACCUUAAACCAACUAUUCACUACCGUAACACCAACACAAAAACCCAUGGCUCACCAAAGUUUCUUCCUUGUUUCUCUGUUGGCACUAGCAACCCUGCAUGGUAUGGAUGCUGUCGAUUACGCUGUUACCAACCAGGCUGCAACAACUCCCGGAGGCAUCGUAUUCGACAACCAGCUCGGAGUCGAAUACACUAGGCAACAUAUGGAAUUGGCCUCGGAAUUCAUCUGGAACCUCUUCCAGCAAAACGACCCGCGGGCUGACAAAAAGAACUACAUUUUAAGCGUAAGCCUUGACGUCGUUGAUACCCUGCCACCGCAAACUCCUGCAGUUACAAGCGGCAAUAUGAUUCAAGUCAGCGAUAAGCAUAUCGAAGCUUUUAGCGGUGAUCAACUAAAGCCGGAAUUCAAUGGGGUGCUUUACCACGAGAUGACUCACGUCUGGCAAUGGGACGGGAAUGGGCAGCAAGACAAAACUCUUGGGGGACUGAUUGAAGGGAUUGCAGAUUUCGUAAGGCUGAAGGCUAAUUAUGUUCCAGCUGGGUGGGCACAGCCAGGGCAAGGGGAUAAAUGGUACGACGGUUACUCUGUUACGGCUAGGUUUUUGGACUAUUGUGAAGGUCUUAGGAUUGGGUUUGUAGCGGAGCUUAACAGGAUAAUGAAAGAUGGUUACAGUAUUGAUUUCUUUUUUCAGCUGCUUGACAAGACGGUUGAUCAGUUGUGGAGCGACUACAAGAACCAGACAAGAAAUUAGAAGCCAUAGCUAUAUCUAGCAGCCCUUUAAUUAUUAACGUAAAAAAAUUGAUAUAUAUAUAUAUAUAUAUAUAUAUCCAUUAUCAUAUGAAUGAGCAUCAGUUCUCUUGUCCUUAAUUAGUCAAUAAAUAAAGUAGUUAGGCGCUCUCAAAAAAAAAACUCAAUUGAUUUAAUUAU